AUGAAGCUGAGUGUAGUGACUUUGGUGUGUGUGCUGUGCCUGGCGCUCCAGGUCAGCCACGCAGCUCCAGUGGCGGAAGCGUCCGGUGAUGCCGUUGCCACGCUGCCGGAACUUACACGCCCAGCGGAGAACCUGAAGGCGGUGGCAGAGGCUGACGCCGGCCAGCCGGAGGAUGGCCAGGCCAACGCGGCCCCGGCUUCGCUUACGUCGGGCGCCACGGACCAGGCGGAGGAUCUUAGUGAGCGGGCGGAGGGUGGCGUCAGCAACUACGUGCAGGAGGACAGCGUCGACGGUGCGGACGCCGCGGAAGGUAGCGAACUUACGUCGAACGUUCGCGUCAAACGCUCAGUGGCAUGUACCGAACUCGUAGGCGAAGACGGCGUCAAGCGGACGGUUUGCGAGCAGGACCAGGAUGCCGAGAGCAGCGACGCCAGCGCCAGCGAGGUGGCCUUCGAGCCGUCUCCGAACCUUCGAUCGUACGGCGGAGGGCACGAAGGUGGCCACGGUCAUGAGCAUAAGGGAUACGGCCAUGAGCAUAAGGGUUACGGCCAUCACGAGCAUAAGGGAUACGGUCAUGAGCACAAGGGUUACGGCCAUCACGAGCACAAGGGUUACGGACACGAAAUGAAAGGAUACGGUCAUGGACACGAAGCGCAUGGCUAUGGACACGAAGCCCACGGACACGGGCACGACGGCGGAUACGGGCACAAGAAGACGUACCGUUCGGCCAACUACGACCAUCCCGCGCCAGUCGCCCACGGAGGAUACGGUGGCCAUGCCGAGCCAGUGAAGUGCGGCGCCAACUUGCUGUUCGGAUGCUCCCCGUCAGUGACGAAGGUACCUUGCCACCCAGUGCACGAAGGAUACGGACACGGCGGCUACGGUGACCACGGAGCGGCCUCGGAGCUGUCGUACCGCUUCGCCGCCCCAGAGCCCGUUCAGCAGGACGAGUAG